GACAAGUGUGGUGCGCGCCGGGGCGUGCCGCGACUAACCACAAUCCGGCAAGUUGCUCCGGGGCCGCCCUGCUUGCGAACCAGUCGCAGCUCGAGCAGAGCCUGACGGCUGAGUCGUACCCGCACAUCAAUCCCUCCGGCUGCAGCGGGGGCUGCGAUUGCGACUGGCUUUCCACCGACAACUGCCAGGACAAGGAGUGGUGCUGCGCCGAGGCGUGCCGCGACUACUACCACAAUCCAGCAGGUUGCUCUGGGGCCGCCCUGCUUGCGAACCAGUCGCAGCUCGAGCAGAGCCUGACGGCUGAGUCGUACCCGCACAUCAAUCCCUCCGGCUGCAGCGGGGGCUGCGAUUGCGACUGGCUCUCCACCGACAACUGCCAGGACAAGGAGUGGUGUUGCUCCGGGGCCGCCCUGCUUGCGAACCAGUCGCAGCUCGAGCAGAGCCUGACGGCUGAGUCGUACCCGCACAUCAAUCCCUCCGGCUGCAGCGGGGGCUGCGAUUGCGAUUGGCUCUCCGCCGACAACUGCCAGCUCGAGCAGAGCCUGACGGCUGAGUCGUACCCGCACAUCAAUCCCUCCGGCUGCAGCGGGGGCUGCGAUUGCGACUGGCUCUCCACCGACAACUGCCAGGACAAGGAGUGGUGCUGCGCCGGGGCGUGCCGCGACUACUACCACAAUCCGGCAGGUUGCUCCGGGGCCGCCCUGCUGGCGAGCCAGUCGCAGCUCGAGCAGAGCCUGACGGCUGAGUCGUACCCGCAUAUCAAUCCCUCCGGCUGCAGCGGGGGCUGCGAUUGCGACUGGCUCUCCACCGACAACUGCCAGGACAAGGAGUGGUGCUGCGCCGGG